CUCUCGGCGUGUACGUGCUACCAUGACCCGUGCCAGAAGACAGGCAACUAAACCGGCUGCCACGGUGGAACAGGACGUAGACAAUGAGGCUUCUGAGGACUCGGAAGACGAUGAGGAAGGCUAUGAGGUGGAAGAGAUUCUUGACGUGAAGAAAGGCGGCGCUAAAGGCAGUCUGAAGUACUACGUCAAAUGGAACGAAUACGACGAGAGUGAGAACAGCUGGGUCACGGCUGAAGAUGCCGCAGGUGCACCAGACGUGAUCGAAAAAUUCUGGAAGAGUCACGAGGAAUUGCAGGAAAAGUUCAACGUUACUGUCAUGGGCGAGGUUCGCAAGGACAAGCCAACGCCAGCCAAAAGCGGCACCUCCCGCAAGCCCGCUAGGGAAAAGCCGCGUGCCUCUGCACCUGCUGUCGCGUCCCAUCCUUCUCCUGUGCGAGCCCUUCCCAGACGCCGCGCACUCAGCGACUCGCCGCCUCCCCCUCCUAAAGUCUCUUCCCGUCCCGCCGCUACGCCUCAAGCGGCGAUUAAGCGGAAACGAGAGCCAGACGACUCUGAUGCGGAGGAUCAUACCAUGGCAAAAUACAUGAAAAAAGCGAACUGGGAAGACUUGGUGAUCAGAGUGGAUAAUAUCGCGGGUAACGACAACUCGGUGGGCAAGAAGGGUACUCAUCUAAGGGUGUACCUCAAACUCAAAGACGGGCAGAGCGCCGUAAGCACCAACAUCGAAUGCAACAAACGGUGCCCACAAAAGAUGCUUGCCUUCUACGAAGGAAAGCUGAAGUUUAGGACCAUGGGGGAUGGGGAGGAGGGCAAUGAGGAGGAAGGGGAGGACUGAUGGGAUUCAACCGUAGUCACGCACGUCGUAGUCCAAUUUGUACUUCGU